AUGAACGGAAGCAAGGAAAUAGGGAAGGAGAGACGCCGUGACAGGUUAAGCGAUCUUCCGGCGCCCGUUAUUCAUCACAUCCUUUCAUUUCUCGACACCAAAUUGGCCGUUCAGACCUCAGUGCUGUCCCGAUUGUGGAGAUUCGCCUGGAAGCAUGUCCCCGUUCUGAACUUCCAUCAAGGCUCCUUCCAACUUUACUCGAGUUUCCACAGGUAUGUGGACAAGGUUUUGUGCCUUCGUCAUCCCCUGAGUCUCCAUAAGGUCAGAUUCGUCGAUUAUGAGCUUAGGGAUGGAAGAAGCGAUCUUCUGGUGAUUAGGGUCAUCCGAUAUGCCUUAUCCCAUGAUACUCAGCAUUUAGCGAUUGCCACUGAAAGUGAUCUGACUACCCUGGACAUCUACAAUUCCUCCGAUUUGUUUGGCUGGAUCUCGAGCUGCAAUCUCAAAACCCUGAAAUUAAGAGGAUUCUACCUGGAUAUUGGGUUCAGAUCUCCUCGUUUCCGGAUGCUGACUACUUUGAAACUGGUGACUUGUCUUGUUGCCUGUGGUGAUGAGGAGGUGGUCUUGGAACCUUUCUCUAAUUUUCCUUGUCUGAAGCAUUUGGUCGUGGCUGAUUGUCUCUGUUGUGAUGAUAGUGAUACUAAUACUCAAAGACGUAUAAAGAUACACGGACUCGAAUUGCUUAGCUUGAAACUGGAAUGUGCUGUGUUUGACAAAAUUGACAUAUAUGCACCAAAGCUGGAAUUCUUCAGUUUUUUGGAUUACGUGGGACACAUAAGGUUGUCCGAUUUAAGCCUACCGUCCCUUGAUUAUGCUGAUAUUGGGUUCCACAAGGUCAAGCAGGGUUUUGUUCAUGGAGAGAAAAAGGAACUCAUAAUGCUUGGGCUGAUCUCCAUGUUCCAAUGUUUGCAGAAUGCAAAAUCUUUGAAGCUGAAUGGGGGUACCCUUCAGGAGAAGGAUGACAUUGCUCUGUUCUCUACCUUCCCGUGUCUUCAAAAUGUGGCUGUGAAACAAGGCACUAAUAUGCCUACUGAUGAUAUGCGUGAAAGGCGUUUCAAGAGCAGCGAUGCUCUAGCAGCGGCCGAAACGAUACUGCGCCCGCUGAGCGAGUUGUUCAUGGACGAUCGAGAUCAGCAGUCGUCGUACUCUUCUUCCUCGUCGGAAGCAGACAAAUUGGAAGGCGCGCCAGAAGGGAGCUACUGCGUCUGGACGCCAAAAAUUAUUUCCCCGUCGUCGGUUACCGGAGCGUCGCCUUCUCCCGGUAGAUGCGAGAAGAGCAAUUACACCGGAUCUUCGGCCCCGACGACGAAGCGGCGGUGGAGGCUACGAGAUUUGCUGCGUAGAUCGAGCAGCGACGGGAAGGUGUGCUACUUGAUGGUCCAGCCAAACACUGCUGGCGCCAGCAGUAGCGGCAGUAAUAAUAGCAACAGCAGCAAUAAUGAAAUUAAUUUGGGGAAAAGGGGUGAGGAGAAAUCGGCAGCCGAUCGGACGGCGAAACCGUCGCCGACAAGAGCUGCGAAAACGGCGGCGUCGGCACACGAGGUGUUUUAUACGAAGAGCAGAGCGUUGAAAGAUGGGGAUCGGCGGCGGUCGUAUCUGCCCUACCGUCAGGAGCUUCUCGUCGGAUUCUUCUCUAAUGUGAACGGUUUACGUUGA